AUGCGUUUACAACUUGCACUCAUUGCUCUAGCUUUUAGAUAUUCUUUUACAUCAGUUCUCUCCUUUCCCACUAAUGGUAUUGAGUCAUCUCCUCAAUCUCAUCUUAGCCGCUCUAUUCAUAGGCGAGCGGUAGACGCUGUUGAUCAGCUUGAUCAGCUUGCUCAGAUAAAAAAGGAAACAAGCUUAGAAUCCUUCGAUUCAAUCUUUAGUGCUGAUGGGGUCGUUUCCUACAAAGGCUCAGUCAAAAGACGCCCUCGUGUAUUCACUUACAUCAAUGGAGGACAUGUUCCUGUAGAAUCCCCGGCCGCAGACAAAAUUAACGCAGAAACUAUAGAACGUCAGCUUCGAGAUGAUACAUCUGAUCCACAAAAAUCCUCCUCUGAGGUCUCAUCCUCCGACAACCACAUCGACAGCAAGACGGGUUUACAAAUCUAUUCAAAAGAAUGGUCGAGCAAAGACCUUUUACCUGAUGUAAUGAUCCGAUUUGGAGAAGCCUUAGGAAUCGACAACAAAGAAGUAAAGCCUUUGACAGGACAAUCAUUUGAUGUUUUAAAAGCCUUACCCUCUGAGUUGGGCUGGGAUGAAAAGCAAGCGAAGUUGGAAACGGCUCAGGUGCUCGAGUGGUACCGAACCAACAAAGUGGCUUCAUUAGCUCCUGAUCAGCAACAAGUCCUGGAUUUCAACCUUGCAAUCGCAAACUUAGAUCAUCGACCUUGGUGGACCGAAGAUAACAUGAAAGCUUGGCAAACUACAAACAUGCCUUGGGAAACCAUCACUCGAGUCGGUAGCAUCUUGGAGCGUAAAGUCAAGGAUUCUAUGUCACCAGAAGAACUCAAUAAUGUUAGAAGUGAAAUCUUAACUGUCCUCGAUCACUUUGCCGCUCACAAUGAUAUUGAAGAAAACAUUGAAGGUAACAAAAUCCAAUCUCGCGGAGCGAUAGCUGAAGCACUACAUGAAGUUACCGGAGCGAAUAAAGCAUCUAAAUUAAAAACUGAUUAUCCUGACUUUGAUGAGAAACUCAAAUUGAUUGGACCUCAACAUGGUGAGAUUGCAAAAAUCAAGAUCUUUUUGAACAAUCAGAAUGGUGAACAGCUUGAUUUAAAUAAAGAGUUUCGAGUUUUAGUUCAUAUGCAAUUACUUCUCAAUGGAAUUCCUUAUGAUAUCGCAGAGAAAUAUGCAAGAGCUUAUAAGACCGUUAGUUCUCAUGUUUUCAACAAGCCAGCCGGUCUACUCUCUGGGAUUAUCGAUUUCCGUCAAGGUGCUGUAGAUAUCAAAGCCCUGAAAGACAUUUUACCAGUAGGUAGUGGAGGAGAUGUAGCUCGUAUUACUACGUAUGCCGCUUUGAAGAGAUUUUUCCAAGAUAUUUAUGGCAAUCUAGAUGUGAACUAUGUAAAUGAAAGAGCUUCGGUGUUGUUACGUCAGAGGACGAAAGUGACCGGAUGGGUUCCUAAUAUUUGGAGUUAA